AAAGAAAAGACAGUAAGAGUCGUAGGAAAUAAAAGUCGAUCGGAAAAGUGGAAACACGCAGCUUUUUAAACAUUCAACUUGCAAAACCUGGGUGAAGGGUACCGAGUUCUAAAUGAGCGUUAUGGACUCAAUCGAGAAGCGGAUGGAGAAUUUCGAGAAUGAUAUGAAACGGCUGUGGGUGGUUCACGAGGACAGGGCCAAGAAAGUCGAAGAGAGGGUAUUACGCCUGGAGGACAAGGUCGAUGGGGUAGAUAUACACGCUGCAGAGCUCGUAGAGAGGGUCCAGGUGCUAGUGAAGGAGCGGGAUACCCUUCGGGAGGAUGUUAGCUACCUUCAAUCGCAGUCUAUGCGUAGCAACUUAAUUUUCACGUCUGUACCAGAGGCCGCUGGAAGCGAUAUUGAGACGCCGGAGGUGACGGAGGCGAAACUACGCCUACAUUUAGUAAGCGCUUUCAAGUUGACACAGGAAGUUGCUACCUCUCUUAGGUUCGAACGUGUGCACCGGUCUCCGGGAUCGCCGACACCUGGCAAGAUCAGAAACAUUAUAGCAAAGUUUUCUUUCUUUAAGGACAGGGAAAUGGUCAGAAAAAGGUGGAAAGAGCUUGAUGGCACGGAGUACCGGGUUUUCGAGCAAUUUCCCCCGGAAGUCGUGAUGAGGAGACGGCAAUUGGUUCCUAAGAUGAAGGAGGCGAGGAGGCUAGGGAAGCGGGCGUACCUGGCAUACGAUACGCUUUAUAUCGACGGCAACCCGGUGCGCGCGUAG